AUGAAGCUUGCAAGUGCACUCAAACUACGAUCAAAUUUAAAAAAACAACUAUCAGACCUACGCUCCAUCAUUAGUGAUGGGUUAGUGGUUCAAGAAGGUAUGACUAAACCCAAUCCCAAUGAGAAUUACACCAAGUACGUGGCCAAAUUGGAUGAACUUGAACAACUCAUAAUCAACAUCAAUGACACAAAUAUCCACACCACAGUUUGUUUCAAAGAUCAAAAUGUGUCCAUCUCAGAGCUAAUUCUACUCAAGGAUGAGGUUAUACUGGUUAUUGAUAUUCUAAAUUCGAUCCUACAGCGUAGUGAAGAGCAAAGGAUUGAUGAUGUUGCUUGUAUACGAAUGGUUUCAGUUGUUGAUCGAGAUUUAUAUCAGACAAAACUCGAUGCUGCGAAAGAUGAGAAACUUGCAAUUGAGAUGGUUUUGGAGGAAGCCAAUUGCCAAGUUGAUCUACGGGAACAUUAG